GAAGUCGCUUUAGGAGACAGAGGAGUGGCCGCUUGGUUUGUGCCCUUUUUAAGUCAAUGCCUGUCAUGUGGCUGGAAUGCGCUCCUCACACACUGCAGCUCUCAGCUCUCAGCUCGGCUAGAACAGUCUUAUCUUCUGCCUUCACAUUCCUCCAGACCGAGCACGUUACACCUCGCAUCGACAACAUCGCUUGAAAACUUCAGAAUGUCAGACUCUUUAACCUACACAACGUCUCCACUGCCCUCCAGCGCUGGAGAUUCAAAUGCCACAUUAUGCCACGACUGGGAGCAGUCUCAUCACCUGCUGUUCCACCUGGCCAACCUGAGCCUUGGUCUAGGUUUCCUCAUCCCCACCACAGUAGCGCUUCAUAUGAUCUUCCUCAGACUGCUGCUGAUGACAGGGUGCUCAUUGUUUAUAGCAUGGGCCACAUUAUACAGAUGUACAUUGGAUGUGAUGGUGUGGAAUGUGGUUUUCCUUCUGGUGAACUUCAUGCAUUUCUUCUUCCUGCUUUAUAAACGCAGACCGAUUAAGAUUGACAGGGAGCUAAAAUCUUUGUACAAGCGCAUGUUCGAGCCCCUGCAUGUACGUGAAGCUCUGUUUCAGAGGCUCACUGGUCAGUUCUGCACCAUCCAAACUUUAAAGAAGGGCCAGGUCUAUGCAGCAGAAGAUAAGACCUCUGUUGAUGAGCGCCUCAGCAUUCUUCUCAAAGGAAAGAUGAAGGUAUCAUACCGUGGCCAUUUCUUGCAUAAUAUUUACACCAAUGCUUUCAUCGACUCUCCAGAAUUCAGAUCGACUCAGAUGAACAGGGGUGAGAGGUUUCAGGUGACAAUCACUGCUGAGGAAAACUGCAAGCUCCUUUGCUGGUCUAGAGAGCGUCUGACUUACUUCCUGGAGUCUGACACUUUUCUGAGCGAGGUGUUCAGGUACCUCAUUGGUAAAGACAUCACCAACAAGCUUUACUCUCUCAAUGAUCCAACUCUGAGUGACAAGGCUGUAAAGAAAAUGGACCGUCAGCCAAGUCUAUGUUCUCAGCUGUCUAUGAUGCAGAUGAGGAACAGCAUGGCUAGCACCAGUGACACAGACGAUGUGCUCAACCAAAUCCUGAGAGGCGGGUCAACUGGGUCAUCACUCCAGAAAAAUCCUCUGACAAAAGCAUCCACGACUAUGAAGCCAAUUGAAGAAGGAAUGGAAGAUGAUGUGUUUGAACUUGAAUCUCCCACUACCUCCCAGAACAUUUCCAAGACCCCCAGGGAAGACAUUUAAAAUGUUUUUUUAUCACCUCAUGGUCUUCAGGCUUCUGUGUUUCACUUUGUGUUCUAUAACAAAAUAAUGUCAAAUUAAUUGAACAGGAAAAUAAUUCAGACUCCCCCUCAGAGAUAUGAGAGUUGAUUUAGUGUUACAAAUUUAACUUUUAAAUAAAUUUGGAAACCAUCUCAUAUAAUAGUUUAUUUCUUGUUUAGUAGAAUCUGUAUAAAGAAAGGAUUUUAAUUGUAUGCAUUUGAAGACAUUUCCUUUUUUAUUAUUAUUCUUUUAUUUUUAUUUUGAAUUUGGUUAACUGUGCUAAUCCUGUGUAAAACAAAACUGAUUGCUUAUUAUCCUUCAGUAAAACUGGUAUAUCUGAUACAGAGUUCAUACAUAUACCAUGUCCAUUUCCUUGCAUGUUCCUGUUUUUUAAAUCAUGUUUUCUUGUGUGAUAUGUUAACAGCUAGUGAUAUAUUAAAAUUAAUUGUAUUAUUAUUAUUACACAGGUUAUUACAGGGUUAAGCUAUGAUGAAGUGAACACUGGAUUUAUUGAAUGUCUUGUUGAAGCAUUUCCAUUUCUUCUGAAUGCUUUUUUUCUUUUCUUUUCUUUUCUUUUCUUUUCUAGUGUGUUUAAAGUCAUACUGAUACUUGAAGUCACUUUUUUAGAUUAAAGUUUGGCACUACA